UCAAUGGAUGUAAAAAGAAGAGGAAGCAACACCAUCACCACCACCACCACCUUAAGUGAGGACGAAAUGGACCUCCGAAGAGGUCCUUGGACCGUCGAUGAGGACCUCGCUCUCAUGAAUUACAUUGCCACUCACGGCGAAGGUCGUUGGAAUUCCCUCGCCCUCUCUGCCGGCCUCAAACGAACAGGGAAGAGUUGCAGAUUGAGGUGGCUUAACUAUCUCCGUCCUGAUGUUCGACGUGGAAACAUCACGCUUGAAGAACAACUUUUGAUUCUUGAACUCCAUACUCGUUGGGGAAACAGAUGGUCGAAAAUUGCGCAGUAUUUGCCGGGAAGAACUGACAAUGAGAUCAAGAACUAUUGGAGGACCCGUGUCCAAAAGCAUGCCAAACAACUCAAAUGUGACGUUAAUAGCAAGCAAUUUAAGGACACCAUGCGCUACCUUUGGAUGCCGAGGCUCGUCGAACGCAUUCAAGCAGCCGCAGCUGCCUCAUCCGCCGCCAACACCACCGCCACCGCCUCUUCUCCAACUUUAUCAACCACCACAAGUAAUGUCACAGCCAAUAACGGUUACAACUUCAGCAACAACCUUAAUAAUAACAAUAUUGAGGUUCAAAAUGGAAAAAUGGGGUUAAGUACUAAACCUGCAGUUAUGAGCAAUGAUUUUGUGUGUUCACAACAGGUGACACAAAGUUAUACCCCAGAGAAUAGCAGCACAGGUGCAUCAUCGGAUUCGUUUGGGACAACAACUCAAGUCUCAACAAUAUCGGAUUUGAGUGAUUAUUAUUACAGUGCUGCCCCAGUUAGUAGUAACAAUAAUAAACCUAAUCCUAAUCCUGUAGAUUAUUAUCAAUUACCCUCUCACUUUAGCUACUCGGAUUGCAUCACAAGCCCUUCUGGUUUGUUCGAUUUCCAAGCCAUGGAACCAAACACCCCGUGGAUGCAAAACGGGGACUCAUCCGACAAUUUUUGGAAUGUUGAAAACAUGUUGUUUUUGCAGCAGCAACUUAUGAAUGACAACAUGUAAAAAAACAUUGGGAGAUAGGGGAUGGUGGGAAUUUCAUAAUUAAAAAAAAAAUUUAAAAAAUUGAAGGGGCUGUUGUGAAAUUUGGAGAGAUGAAAGUGGAAAGUAGAAACAUCAAAUAAAACAAAUUCAUAUGUAGGACACACACAUAGGAUCUAUGAUCGACAUAUAUAGAUUGUAAACUCUGGAUUGGAUUAUGGAUUAUUUUUCAGUUUAUAUAGCUUCUUCUUUUAUUUUUAUUUUAGAGGAGG